AUGGGACUGGGGCAUUCGUCGCGUUGCUUGCUGCUCCGGAGGAAGAUGGCGGAGGCGGACAGUUCGGAGGUAGGAUGCGUCCUGCACUCCCUCCCUCGUCACACCCGGCAGCAGCCCGCCGCGUCUCUCCAUUCCCGGUCUGCCCAGCCGUCCCCUUCGCCUAAACCAGUGCCUACCACCCACCAUGUGCCCCGUGUCCCCCGGGCGCCUCACGUAGCAACUCUGACCAACGGCCCCGGCCGAGGCAAGAUAGCCAAGUUCCUCAGCCCGGAGGACAUGACAUCCCGAGACUACUACUUUGACUCGUACGCCCACUUUGGCAUCCACGAGGAGAUGCUAAAGGACGAGGUCCGGACUCUGACCUACCGGAACGCCAUGUACCACAACAAGCACGUGUUCAAAGAUAAAGUCGUCUUGGAUGUGGGCAGCGGCACAGGCAUCCUGUCCAUGUUCGCUGCCAACGCUGGUGCCAAACACGUGUACGGGAUUGAGUGUUCAAGUAUAUCAGAAUAUUCAGAGAAGAUUAUCAAGUCCAACCACCUACACAAUGUUAUCACCAUCUUCAAGGGCAAGGUGGAGGAAGUGGAGCUACCCGUGGAGGAGGUGGACAUCAUCAUCUCAGAGUGGAUGGGCUACUGCCUCUUUUACGAGUCCAUGCUCAAUACUGUCAUCUUCGCCAGGGACAAGUGGCUGAAACCCGGAGGCUUGAUGUUUCCAGACAGAGCAGCUCUGUAUGUGGUGGCCAUAGAGGACCGGCAGUACAAGGACUUCAAAAUCCACUGGUGGGAAAACGUGUAUGGGUUUGACAUGAGUUGCAUUCGUAAUGUGGCCAUCAGAGAACCGCUGGUGGAUGUGGUAGAUCCCAAGCAGGUGGUGACCAACUCCUGCCUCCUAAAGGAAGUGGACAUCUACACCGUCAAACCGGAGGACCUGUCCUUCAGCUCGGCCUUCUGUCUCCAGAUCCAGAGAAACGAUUACGUCCACGCCCUGGUCACUUACUUCAACAUCGAGUUCACCAAGUGUCACAAGAAGACCGGCUUCUCCACCGCUCCGGAUGCAGCCAGUACCCACUGGAAGCAGACAGUGUUUUACUUGGAAGACUACUUGACCGUCAAAAAGGGAGAAGAGAUAUUUGGGAGCAUUGCAGUCCAGCCUAAUGAAAGCAACGUGCGUGACUUGGAGUUCACCCUUGAGCUGGACUUUAAAGGACAACUGUGCGAGGCGGCUAUUUCUCAUGACUACAAAAUGCGAUAG